UAAUAUCACGAAAUUUCAAUGAUAUAAACCCAAGUUCAUAAUUAGAACAACUCGAUCAAAAAUUUGUUCUUCCGAGUAAGAAAAAAAACAUCAAUCUUUGAGAAUUCAUAUCAUAUAGUUCAUACUUCCUUAGCAUUAUACCCCAUGCUCUUUUAAUAGAAAAAACCGGAUUCUAUCAUGGCAACCAACGACCUUUUCAACUUUACUAUUUUCUUAAUUCAUACAAUUAUAGCUCUUAAUCAGGAAAUUAAAGAUAAAAAUAGCCAAUGUCUAAUAAUAGACGAGGAAAGGCAAGCUAUAAAGCGAUCAGAAACGUGAAUCUUUGAAACAUCCCAUUCCAAUCCCACAAACUAGGAAGACAAAAAGAGCUUCCUGAUAUUGGGGUUGAAAUGGCAGGGUUUCAAUCUCUUUCAAUAGCAUUUUUGGUUUGUGUGAUUGUCUCUAAUCACAUGGUAGUUGAUGCCAUGACGUCAAAAAACAUGGCCCUAUUCUGGGGAAAUAGUCAGUCCAAAAUAGAAGGGGACGACCUUCAGCUUGUUCUGGACCAAAGCUCAGGCUCGGGAGCAAAGUCAAAGAGAUAUUUCCUUUUUGGAAGCUUUGAAGCUCAGAUCAAGUUCGUUCCAGGAGAUUCUGCGGGAUUAGUAACGGCAUUUUAUCUAUCUUCUGAAGGUAGCCAUCAUGACGAGGUAGACUUUGAGUUCUUGGGGAAUGCCACUGGAGAGCCUUAUACCAUUCAUACAAACAUAUUCGUUCAGGGUGUGGGAGACAGAGAACAGCAGUUUCGACCGUGGUUCGACCCCACUGCUGAUUUCCACAACUACACAAUUCACUGGAAUCCUAAUGCUGUUGUGUGGUAUAUUGAUAGUAUUCCAAUUAGAAUUUUCCGGAACUACGAGAACGCCCCGAAGCUAAAAACAGCCUUCCCUAACAAGCAAGGUAUGAGGUUAUAUACCAGUUUGUGGAAUGCACAGGAUUGGGCAACUCAAGGAGGGCGCGUGAAAACCAACUGGGCCAGCGCACCGUUCACGGCUAGCUUUCGCCGCUUUAGGCCAAGAGCUUGUCCCUGGAAUGGAGAGGUCAGCAUUAGCCAAUGUGCCUCCAACUCCCCAACAAACUGGUGGACUUCUGCAAUUCAUGCACAGCUAAGUGCUUCUCAGUCAACCAAGCUUCAGGAAAUCCGCGAGAAAUACAUGAUAUAUGAUUACUGCUUAGACCCUACACGUAGACCCAACGGGGUACUGCCACCAGAAUGCUGACACAAACACAAGCACUGCUACCAGCAAUAACACUAUCGCACUGGUGGACUUCUCCAGUUCAUGCACAGCCAAGUGCUUCUCAGUCGACCAAGCUUAGGGAAAUCCGCCAGAAAUACAUGAUAUCGUGAUUACUGCUUAGACCCUACACGGAGACGAUCCAACGGGGUACUGCAACCAGAAUGUUACAGACGGCCCUUCAAACACAAACACAAGCACUACUACCAGCAAUAACAGUAUCACACUCACACUCAGUUGUGUACCAAAAAUGCUAUUUUUUUCAUCUUUGAGAGAAACCCUGUUAGCAAGUUCAUUGCUUUAUGAUUGGUUUCGAUGUACCGUUUUUACUAGGAUGCAUGUUUCAUAUAAAACUUGCUUUCCCAUUUGCUUGA